GAUCAGGUGAGCAACCCGAUCAACUUGAAUUCGAGAGUCCAAAAUCUACGAACCUGAAACCAUUUCACGGGCUGAAUCUGGGUAUAAUUUUUUGAACUCGAAAUCCAGUUAACUCGUCCAAUAUUCAGUCCUAGUUAGGGACUUGUUGGAAAGAAUGUUAUUUUGUGUAAAAGGGUUCCAUAAUAAUUUUGACAUAAAUUAGGGGCGAAAGUAUAAUACAAAGAAUUCCGGGGUUUAUAAACAAGGGUUUCAUCGAUUAGCCGUAGAAAGAAGCAGAAGGAGCCGCCUCUUUCUCUGUUCCAACGUCCAAGUAGAGAGAAGAGUGUGUAAAAGAAAGGGCUAAAAUGAAGACUAUUCUCUCAUCGGAGACGAUGGACAUACCCGACGGAGUCCAGAUCAGGGUUCACGCCAAGGUCAUCGAGGUUGAAGGUCCUCGGGGAAAGCUUGUCCGCAAUUUCAAGCAUCUAAACCUCGAUUUUGAGCUCAUCACUGAUCAGGCCACCGGAACUCGUAAGCUCAAGAUAGAAUCCUGGUUCGGCACCAGGAAGACCAGUGCCGCUAUUCGUACGGCUCUCAGCCACGUCGAUAAUCUCAUUACCGGCGUCACUAAGGGAUACCGUUAUAAGAUGCGAUUCGUCUACGCCCAUUUUCCCAUCAAUGCCUCUAUCUCCAAUACCGGCACGUCUAUUGAGAUUCGAAACUUCUUGGGCGAGAAGAAGGUGAGAAAGGUGGACAUGCUUGAUGGAGUUUCUAUUCUCAGGUCUGAAAAAGUUAAAGAUGAACUUGUUUUGGACGGCAACGAUAUUGAGCUUGUGUCUCGGUCUGCUGCCCUGAUAAACCAGAAAUGCCACGUCAAGAACAAAGAUAUUCGUAAGUUUCUCGAUGGUAUCUAUGUUAGCGAGAAGGGAUGUAUCAAAGUGGAGGAAUGAAGAGUAAUAAAAGGUGUGAUAGACACAUUUUUUAUAGUGUUUUGUUUUUAUUGUUGAGUUUAUGUAGACAGCCUCUACAAAGCCUGUUUUGGAAAAUGGAACAACAGUUUUGCAUUCACAAAAUCAAUUACAAAGACCUCGUAGGUGAAAAUAUGCUCGUUUCUCUUUGCAUUUAUUUUACAACUUUUACUUGAUUUUUUUCUUCUUCAUAUGUAUCUUAUAUUGAAUUUAGUAUUGCUAUACCCUUUUAUGAGAAUGGUAACUAAAAUGUUGUUACAA